UCUCUGGAACGCCAUGUACAACGGAAUCGGAUUAACGACCCCUCGUGGAAGUGGCACAAAUGGCUAUGUUAUGCGCAACCUCUCGACACUUCGUGUGCACGAGACCGCCGCAGACCGAGCUGCUGCCUGGGAUGUAGCCCCCCCAAAGCACAGAGAACCAGACGAGGCCAUUUUGGAACACGAGAGAAAACGAAAGGUUGAAAUCAAGUGUCUGGAGCUGCAACUGCAGCUAGAGGACGAUGGCCUGGAUGAAGCAACCAUCACCACGCGAGUUGAAGAACUUCGCACGACUUUGAACAAGGAUUUAGCAUCACUCGCUCCAUCUGUGAAAAAAUUGAAACCAUCUGACACGCAUGGCAUUGCAGCCGCCAAAAAGGCCGAACUUGACAAAAUGGCCAGAGCACUUGGCACGAGAAGUAACUACACGGAGGGUGAGGCAUUUGACCGAGAAAAACAGGAGGAAAACAAAAUGCGUCGUAUGGUCGAGCGAGAGGAACGCGACAGGAAGCGUGAGGAAGAAAGGUCGAAAGUGAUGGAACAAAAGCAGAAGUGGGAGGCAGAGAGGAGGGAGCGUGAUCGCCUGCGUCGGAGGGAGGAAGAUAGGAUAAGGAAAGAGAGGGAAGAGACCAGCCGAAGGAAGGAGAGAAUGCCGCCCCCUCCCGUGCCUGCCUUCAGGGAUCGGCCCAGAGACUACCGUGGUGAGCGUGACCGCAGGAGCCGAAGCCCGCGACGUGAAAGAGACGUUCGACGCCGCAGGUCACCUUCUCGGUCUCCUCCACCUCGUCGACGGUCUCCCUCUCCUGUACAGUCCAAAUUACGAUCCCGUUCCCCGGAGCGAACGGGCUAUCGGCGUUCUGGGUCUAUAACACCACCAUCGAGGCGAUCGCCACCCUCCAUUAUUCCUAACCGGUUACGUGAGCAUUCAGAAUCGCCUCCUCGUCGUGGCCAUGAGCGUUCAAAAUCGCCUCCUCGUCGUGGCCGCGACCGCUCAGAAUCGCCGCCCCGCCGACGUGGACGGGAUCGCUCAGACUCUCCACCUCGGCAAGUCCGAGAGCUCUCACCUCCUCCCCGUAAUGGACCAGAGCAAGAUCGUGGGAGGAAUGUCUCUCGAUCACCGCGACCGAUAGGACGCGGUCGUUCAGCUUCUUCAGAUUCGUCUAUGUCUCUCCCGACGUCCCCCAGUACACGCUACUUGAAGCCUACAUAUGACUUUUCUGCACAUACACAAUCGUCUGCAACCAAAAGUACUAUAGCGCUUGGUGAUGAAUACCUCCUUCCUGUCUACGCGCGCCCUCCGUUCGUGCUGUCGCAUGGACGUGGUAGCUGGGUCUGGGAUGCAGAGGGCCGAAAAUUUCUUGAUUUUAGCGCGGGCAUCGCCGUGAAUGCAUUGGGACAUGCGGAUCCAGGUGUAUCAGAGGUGCUACAGCAGCAAUCAUCCACCCUGCUCCAUACCUCAAAUGUAUACUACAAUAAGUGGGCUCCAAAGCUGGCGGAGCUUUUGGUGACGCUCACUCAAAAAGAAGGGGGACUAGGUUACGCCACUUCCCCAUCUUCAUCAACCGCUAAGAACGGGGCCAAAGUUUUCUUCGCUAACUCUGGCACGGAAGCGAACGAAGGCGCACUGAAGAUAGCCCGCAAAGUCGGAAAAGACCGCUGGGCCGCGACUACUGGUGGAAAGGCCGACGAUCCAUCGUGUCCUAAAACGCAUAUCGUAUGCUUUGAGAACUCAUUCCAUGGUCGGAGUAUGGGUGCUUUAAGCGUCACAUCAACGGAAAAAUACCAACUACCUUUCCGACCAUUGAUACCCGGGGUCAGCACUGGCAAGCUCAAUGAUCUAGAUUGCCUAGAUAGGCUUAUCACUGAUGAUACCUGCGUGGUUAUUGUCGAGCCCAUACAAGGAGAGGGAGGCGCCACUGCCGCAACCGAAAAAUGGCUGAGGGCACUCCGAAAACGCUGUGACGAGACGGGAACGGUCUUGAUCUAUGAUGAGAUUCAAUGCGGCCUGUACAGGACAGGGAAUCUUUGGGCGCAUUCGGCACUGCCGAUUGAUUGCCAUCCUGAUAUCAUCACGAUGGCGAAGCCGCUCGCCAACGGUUAUCCAAUUGGUGCCGUGUUACUUCGUGAUAGCGUUGCGUCUACAAUGACUGCGGGCACUCAUGGUACGACGUUUGGAGGGUCACCCACGGCCUGUGCAGUUGGACAUCAUGUUCUGAAUCGCCUGAGCGAUCGUGCCUUCGUUGCCCAUAUGAAGGAGAUUAGCGCGCACAUGAACAGCCGGCUCGAACUUUUGCCGGAAUGGUUCCCAGCCAUGUUACAGCCUCACGUGCGCGGUCGUGGUUUCAUCCGAGGUCUUGGAUUCAUUGAUGCCUCGCACCCCGGAGAGGUGGUACAGUUGGCGCGAGAGCGUGGAGUGUUCCUACUGACUGCUGGGAAAGACGCGGUGCGUUUUGUACCCUCUCUAAAUGUUACAAAGGAAGAAGUGGAUGUAGCUAUGGACGUGCUCGAAGGGUGCCUGUCUUCUUUGCGGGGUUAAGUAGUUCCAUACUUGCAGUUACUUACUUAGUCGGUGGCUGUCAGUGGUUACAUUUCACCUGCACAUAAUUUCCACGGACGAGGCCACGGGAUUGCAAGCCAGUGUCCCAGGUAAACUUCAGUCUCACUGUUUGUGUCUUGCUGUUCACUCUUGCCCUUCCCCAAAAAUUCUCCUGUGUCCUGUGUCCUAUUUUCUCAGAACUAAAACAAA